AUGGUGCGUGGCUUACAUCGUAUUCUGUUCAAGAAUGAGUUACCAGUACGGAAUGAGCUAUUCGGAAAAGGACGUAUGGCAUAUGUGGUAGACAUGGAAGAUGAGGAAGCUGAUAUUCCUACCACUUUACUUAGAUCUGUGCACGAUUGUCCGAAGGCAGAGUCAAAUGCAAAUAUCAACGCGAAUAACAUGUUGAUUUCCAAGCUGACACAGGUGCUGUCAUACCUUCGUGCUGACCAUAAAAAGAAGAAAAGCCAGAAAAUGUCAGAAAGGAGCGAAGAAAUAUCAUCCAGACAUCUACCGAUAACAGCUGAUAUGCCCAAAAGAGAGCAAGGACAAGACGCUAUUAACCUAUAG